GUGAAGGGUCUGGAGCAGGAGAACACACACCUGAAGCAGACCAUCUCCACUCUCCGCCAGCGCUCGCAGGUCAGCGCAGAAGCCCGAGUCAAAGACAUCGAGAAGGAGAACCGGCUGCUGCACGAGUCCAUCUCUGAGACCAGCAGCAAAGCCAACCAGCUGGAGUUCCAGAGCAAGCAGCUGCGCAGAGAGCUGGAGCUCCAGAAGGAGAGAGCGGAGCGGGCGGAGGAGCUGGAGCUGGAGCUGCGGCGGGUGGAGCGAGAGAAGGAGAGCCUGCAGAAGAAGCUGGCAACGCUGACCAUCACCUGCGGGAAGGUGGAGGUGCUGGAGAAGGAGAACACACAGCUGGAGGCCGAGGCCAGGAAACUGAAGAAAGCCCUGGACAGCCUGAGGAACGCCUCCUAUCAGCUGGAGGCUCUGGAGAAGGACAAUACCCAGCUGGACCAGGAGAACCUGGAGCUCCGGCGCGUGGUGGAGUCUCUGCGGUCCACUGGAGCCAAAGCAGAACAGCUGGAGAUGGAGAACCGAGAGCUGGAGGAUGAGAGGACACAGCUCCGCAAGAGUCUGGAGCUGCUGAAGGCUUCCGCCAAGAAGAACGAGCGUUUGGAGGUCAGUUACCAAAGCCUGGAUGCGGAGAACCAGCGGCUGCAGAAAGCCCUGGAGAACGGCACCCGCAAGAUCCAGCAGCUGGAGGGAGAACUGCAGGAGGUGGAGCUGGAGAACCAGAGCCUGCAGCAGAGCCUGGAGCAGCUGAAGAUAUCCAGCAAAGGCUUGGAGCCGCUGGCGCAGGAGAACCGGGUUCUGGAGCAGGAGAACACGCAGCUGGAGAAGGACAAGAAGCAGCUGGAGAAGGAGAACAAGCGGCUGCGGCAGCAGGCCGACAUCAAGGACUCCAAGCUGGACGAGGACAACCUGCGCAUCUCUCAGCUGGAGAAGGAGAACCGCAGUCUGGGCAAGGAGAUCAGCGCUCUUAAAGACAUCUGCGGGAGACUGAAGGAGCUGGAGAAGGAGAACCGGGAGCUGGUCAAGCAGUCCACCAUCGACAAGAAGACUCUGGCAGCUCUGAGAGAGGAGCUGGUCAACGAGAAAUUGAAGACCCAGCAGAUCAACAAUGACCUGGAGAAGCUGACCCACGAGCUGGAGAAGAUCGGCCUCAACAAAGAGGGUCUUCUGGGCGAUGAGGAGAGCUCCGAUGACAGGUUUAAGCUUCUGGAGAGUAAGCUGGAGUCCACGCUGAGGUCGUCUCUCGAGAUUAAAGAGGAGAAGAUCGCAGCGCUGGAGGCCCGUCUGCAGGAGUCCUGCAACCUGAACCAGCAGCUGCGGCAGGAGCUCAAAACGGUGAAGAAGAACUAUGAGGCUCUGCGUCAGCGUCAGGAGGAGGAGAGUUCAGCACACAGCUCUCCGGCGCGGGGUCGGGAAGACCUGAGCUUCAGCCGCUGGGAGAAGGAGAGCCAGGAGGCCACGAGGGAGCUGCUGAGGGUCAAAGACCGGCUCAUCGAGGUGGAGAGAAACAACGCCACUCUCCAGGCGGAGCGGCAGGCCCUGCGGACGCAGCUGAAGCAGCUGGAGACUCAGAGCAGUAACCUGCAGGCGCAGAUCCUGGCGCUGCAGAGGCAGACCGCAUCCCUGCAGGAGAACAACACCACGCUGCAGACGCAGAACGCCAAACUGCAGGUGGAGAACUCGACCCUGAACUCGCAGAGCGCCUCUCUGAUGUCCCAGAAUGCUCAGCUGCAGACGCUGCAGUCCGGCACGGAGGGCGAGAGAGAUGCGGCCGUGCGGGAGAAGGAGGAUCUGCGGUCCGUGUAUGAGCUGCUGCUGCGCGACCACCAGAAGCUGUCAGCGCUUCACGAGCGACAGGCGGCCGAGUAUGAGGAGCUGAUCGGCAGACACGGAGAGCUGAAGAGCGGACACAAGAGCCUGGAGCUGCAGCACCGCGGCCUGGAGAACAGGUAUAAUCAGCUCCUGAAGCAGAAGACUGAGCUGGAGCAGCUGGAGAAGGAGCUGAAAGCGGAGCGGGAGAAGUGAUAAGCUGAACGAGCUGAGGAGACAGAAGGAGAAACUGGAGGAGAAGAUCAUGGACCAGUAUAAGUUCUUUGACCCAUCUCCUCCCCGCAGGAGAGGAAACUGGAUCACCCUGAAGAUGAAGAAACUCAUCAAGCCAAAGAGUCGAGAGCGCAUGCGCUCGCUCACACAGACGCCGUCCCGAUCCGAGUCCAGCGAGGGGUUCCUGACACUGCCACAUCCGGACAGUCAGGACAGCUCAUCUAUCGGCUCCGGCACCAACUCUCUGGAGGACGCGCUGAUGCACCGCAGCUCCAGGAAGAGAGUUGAGAAAAGCCAAACGCAGGCGUCCUCUAACGCCCUGAAAAAGCUUCCCUUCAUGAGGAACCGAACCAAGGAUAAAGACCAAAUGAAGGCCGUCUACCGCCGCUCCAUGUCCAUGAAUGACCUGCUGCAGUCGAUGGCGGUGUGUGAGGGUCAGUGGUCCAGCAGUACGGAUCACUUGGAGGCUCCAGACGGGUCGGCCAUCGGGCAGCAGGAGUUCGGCUCUCUGGACUCCACAUCGCUCAGCCUGACCCGCGGGCGCAGCGCUCGGCUCCACUCAGACAGAGGUACUGCCGCAUCCACUGAUGACAUCGGCCAGUUCUGCUCAGAGGAGGCUCAGGGCGAGCUGAACGGAUCCUCCCUCCGCGCCGCCGUCCUCCAGAGAGCGUGUGAAGGCUCGGGGAAUCCUGCGUUCGUCCAGCGGGCGAGCGGCAGCGUCUGAAUCCCGGAGCGGAGCGGGCCGGCCCAGCCUGCGGAAGACAGAGAGCACCCGGGCCAGAGGCUGCGCCCCCCCGCGGGCCGGCUCGGCGACCCAGAGAGCGGCCUCGGUGUCGGCGCUGGACUCGUCUGGCCUGCCGCGGGCCAGCAGUGUGAUCUCCACGGCGGAGGGCAGCGUGCGCAGGACCAGCAUCCACGAUCUGCUCUCCAGGGACAGCCGGCAGCCGGUGCUGGUCGACCCGCCGGCCCCCCGCAGCGGCUCCUCCAGUGAGUACGGCCCCGGCCCCCGCACCCCCGACGCCCUGCACCACUCCGCCAGCAUGCCCUGCGGCGUCCAGGAGCCCCGGCACAGCGGCCUGCGGGCGUUUCUAGGUCCCUCCUUCACCGUAGACUCCAUCUUUCUGGACUCCAUCUUUAGUGAGCCAGCGGUGACGGGCGGCGCUAGAAACCAGGCCAUCCUGUCGCUCAACACGUCUCUGGUUAGCAGCAUUAGCGGCGCGCCGCGUACGGCUAGCGGCGGUGCGGACAGCUCAGAGGAGCGUCCUGCCGACCCCGAGGCCUGUGUGAGCGCAGAGGACGGCCUGUGGUACGAGUACGGCUGUGUGUGACGCUCCCGCAUGACCUGUGUGUGUGUGUGUGUGAACACCGCACGCUCCUGUAACACACCCCGCGCCACAACUGUGUUUAUUAAUCGUGUGUGUGUGUGUGUGCAUGGCUGACCCGCUGCUCCACUGUUCAGAAUGAGUGUGUCCUGAGCCGGUGUGUGUCUGCCACAUGGAUCCGUGCUGGUGUGUGUGUGUCCGUGCCGGUGUGUGUCGGUGUCUCCAGGGUCCUCUGUGUCCUCCCUCUGCUGAACUCCACUGCUCUUCUUCUGCAGAUGUGGAAAACAAGAAGUCUAAAAGCAGAGGAGGCGCUCAGAGUCUGUCGUGAGCUCACGCGGUGAGUGUGUGUGUGUGUGUGUGUGUGUGUGUGUGUGUGUGUGUGUGUGUAAUCAUCCUCGUUUGUACACUUCUCAGUAAUGUCUGUUGUCCACAAACCCGACAGACACACAGCAGGAGCCUCAUGUUGGAUAAUAAACAGCUGGAUCUGUGCUUCUCUACGCACACACACACACACACACACACACACACACACACACACACACACACACACACACACACAGAAGCAUUAAGCAGAGCUGACUAUCGAAUCACGCAGUGGUUCCUGAGCUGUUUUACUGGAGACUGGAGUAUUGAGCAUCUUCAGGACUCCAGCAGACUCGAGAGCUCCUCCACAUCUGCACACAGAGUAAAGAUGCUCAGUACUGAUGUCAGACGCUUCAUUAAACAGGCAGACGGCUGAGCGACACACACACACA